AUGCCGCCCUCGCUGCACAGCGGCGUGCGGCUGGACGAAAGAGACCGCAUUUCCGACACCGCCGCCUCGGGCUUCACCGCAGUCAACGGCCGCACCUCCCCGCGGACGCUGAAACUAAGCGGCAAUGGAUCUGAACGCCGCCAUUCACGAGCUUCACUCACUCCCGAAACCGAUUGUGUGCAGGACAGGAGACCCCUCUCGCAGCAUCCAGACCCCCCCGAUGGGCCGCCCACCCCACGUCCGCCCGAGCGCGACAUGCGCCUGUCGAGCCCGGCCAAGCGCAAACGCUCCCUGUACGAAGAUGAGGAAGAUGCCCAGGACGUAGACACGUACUCGCGGCAGGGAGACUCUAGCAGUCCGAGUUCCGCGGAAGAUGACGACGGUGAUGAAGACGACGACGACCUCAUCCUGGUCGAUGAAAACGGAGAGCCGGCGGCGCAGACCAGAGACUUUGCUGCCAUGUCGCGACGCCAAGUCAGUAUGUCUGACACCGACGCUGACGCCGACGCCCCGCAGCGAGAAUAUGAAGCUGGCGACGCAUCGAGAAAGGGGGACCAGCGCGGCGAUGAGGCACAGUCUGGCCAAUCUAACACUGGCUAUGGCAGCCCGACACAGUCGGGAGCACACAAUGGCCACAUGCCCAUGCAGACAAAGCACGGCUAUCCCGAGCCUCUGGGCAUUUAUCCCAGACCGGCGGUCGACAUCUAUCCGGGUCCUCGACCGCCACUGUCUCUCGAAGAAGCGCGCAGCCGAUCGAUUAUAGUGGGAGAGGAGCGGCCAAGUGCAUCUGCCUCGAGCUCGAUCUCGUGGGCAGCGGCUUGGCCGUCGCCAUCGCCAUCGCUGCCGAACCGCGCCGCCAACGGCUAUUCCGGAAUGGCGCCUCCGUCGGACACGUGGGGGGCGCUUCAGAGAUACCAGGAGCAGAACUCUUACCGGCACGGACAAUCUGGCUCUUCCACCAUGGCACCGCCAUUACCGCAGCCGCAGCAACUAAGCGCUCCUCAGUCAGCCAUGACGGCGGCACAGCUAGCUCCCCAGCAGCAGCAGCGCCAGCCAUCAAUACCACAGCAUGUGAGUCAGCCACUGUCGCACAAGCUGCUGUCGGAGAAAGAGAAGAUGUUGUCGGGUGGCAUCUACACUCCAUUCGCACCCAGUUUGCUCAAAGAGCGACAAAAAUGCAAGGCUGCACUGUGGCGGUUUAAUAAUGCAGUAGCCACAGGAGCAAGCCUAGACGAGAGCAUGCGCCUGUUCAGGGACGUGCUGAGGCUCCCCAGCCAUGACGGGCCGAAAUCUGAGGACAAGAUGCAAUCGGACGACACGCCGCAAUCUGACCAUGUAGGAUUCUUGGGCGAGGGCUGCUGGAUUGAGACGCCGUUCCGUUGCGACUUCGGUUACAAUGUUCGGAUCGGUGACCAGGUUGCGAUAGAGGGGGGUUGCACCAUCUCUGACGCGCGCACAGUGGUGAUCGGGAACAGAUGCAUUUUGGGACACAACGUCAGCAUUUACACAUCGGACUGGGACAGAAGCCCACGAGAUCGGCAGGGGGUCAAGGGCACGGCGUCGGCGAUGGAGGUUGUGAUCGAGGACGGUGUGUGUAUCGAGGCCGACGUGACGAUACUACCCGGGGCACGUAUUGGUAAGAACUCGAGAGUGGCGGCGGGGUCGCUUGUGGACAGAGAGGCCAAGUUCCCGGAAAACAAACUCAUAGCCGGGCGGCCGGCUGUGGUCACGGACCGAUUGAUGGACGACGCGCCGAUUGGGCGGUCGUCGUUGUAA